AUGGAACGUGUUGAUAGUAUUCACUCUGUUGAUGAAAACAAGAGCCCAAAACCAAUUUUGGUAGGGUCUAACCACCAUGCCAGACGGUCUAUCAGUAGCAUGGAUUUUUUAAAUGGCUUGAAAAUCAUGACAAACAAUGUCAGUAAUAAUAAUAACUAUGACAACAGUAUACCGGUUUCUCCUGUUCCUUCACAUCUAGUGGAACACCAGUUUAGUCAGCUCGAUGAUUUUGACCUUAAGGAAGCUAUAGGCUAUGGUUCUUCUGCUAUUGUUUUUAAAGCUAUCUAUAAACCACUCAAUAAGAAAAUGGCAUUAAAAAUUAUUGACUUGGACAAGUUUGAACGAAAUCAAAUCGAUGAACUUCGACGCGAAACAGCAUUGAUGGCAUUAUCCAAGCAUGCAAAUGUAUUGCGCGUGUACGGGUCAUUUGUAAAUGGAUCUAAGCUUUAUAUCGUCACGCCUUAUUUGGCUGGUGGUUCCUGUCUAGAUAUCAUGAAAACCAGAUUUCCUGAUGGUCUAGAUGAGCUGAGCAUUGCUACUAUUCUUAAACAAACUUUGGAGGCAUUAAUUUAUUUACACAAAAAUGGACAUAUUCAUCGUGAUGUCAAAGCAGGCAAUUUAUUGAUGGAUGAGGAUGGCACUGUUAUGUUGGCUGAUUUUGGUGUUUCCUCUUCUCUCAUGGAAACAGGUGAAAGAGGUAUGAGAAAGACAUUUGUUGGUACUCCUUGUUGGAUGGCUCCUGAAGUUAUGGAACAAGCCGAAUAUGACUAUAAAGCAGAUAUCUGGAGUUUUGGUAUCACUGCUAUUGAAUUGGCUACAGGACAUGCUCCUUUUGCCAAAUAUCCUCCAUUAAAGGUACUUAUGAUGACUUUAUCAAAUGAGCCACCAACACUAGACCGUGAAACUACAGUUCACAAGUAUUCAAAAACAUUCAAGGAAAUGAUUGAUACAUGUCUCUCCAAAGACCCACAAAAGAGACCUUCUGCAGAAAAAUUAUUGCAGCAUCCAUUCUUUAAACAAGCUAAAAGAAAAGAAUAUCUUGUCAAGACAAUCCUUUCAGAAUUACCCCCACUUGAACAACGACCUCGUAAAAAGAUACCCCAGAAACAAGUAACGAUUACCAAGACAGAUGAAUGGGAUUUUGAUGAUGAUAAUGCUGAGGAUGAUCUUGCUGAGUCCAAUCAGCUCAUGCCUGAUCAGACCGAGCUUUCUUCCAAUCUACAAGAAAACAACAGUAAUAAUAAGGCAAAACCAGCAGCAAAAAGACACAUUUCCUUUGGUGAUGUUGUUGUACGUAGCAAUAGUCUUGUUCAUCCAGCAGAUCCAAUAUUAAACACACCAACCACUUCUUUGCCAUCUUCGCUCAGUCAAGCAAAUCCUACUCCUUUAUCGCUCAAUCAAACGAGUACAACCCCACCCACAAGAAAAUCACGCUUUGUGAUUGAAGAGACAGCUACUUCAAGAGAUCAAGAUAGUCUUCAUUCAACUUCUGUUCGUUCUUCAAGUCCAAUGCCUGUAGACGAAGAGAAUUUUCAAAGCAACACAUUUGACACAACAGGUGAAGUCAUGAAAGGCCGUUUUUAUGUCAAUCAAACACCUAAACCUGUCACAUCUUCUGAUUCCCUAAGCAAUUUGGAGGAAGAGCAACAACAACAACAACAACAACAACAACAACUGCACAAAACCCCUAGCCAAGAUUACAGUGAUCGUAAAUCUCGUUUUGAAAUCCAAGUGAACAACAAUAACAAUUUGCCUAUUCUCUAUCAACCAAUUCCACUUUCGCGUGACAGUUCAAGUUACUCUUCUUCCUCCAACAAGACAACAGCGAUUGUUGAGAAAAAAUACCCCAAUGCAGAACUAUUAACAACAGAAAACAUUGCACUUUUGACUGAAUCAUCACGCAAAAUUGGUCGAUUUGAAUUGACAGGUGGUUCAACCACAACAAGCAAUUCGUCCUCUAUUGCAGAUGUAACUCCUAGAGGCAGUUUCUCUUCAAACCACUUUUUAGAUCAAGAAAAGGGUGUCCAUGCUUCACAAUCCCAAGAGCACACAGUACUCCAUAGUCAUACACCACCUAAUGUGCACCCACAAUACCAAUUAGAAGAAUUGAUUCGAAUGAAUGAAAUGCAGAAAACAAUGUUACAAGAAUUAGGUUCCAAUUUAAAGAAAAAUAUGCCACAAUUCUUUUUAAACAAUAAUCAUCAAGGCGAUCAUUAUUCUGAUUCCCAAUCCAGUUCUUGUUCCGUCAGUGAUGAUCUAUCGUCUACUGUUGAGCAUUUAGACAAACUAGUUCAACAAACAUUGUUUGAAAACGCCAAGCUACAAAGAGAAAAUGAAAACCUAAGAAGAGAAUUGAAAGAGUUGAAGCUUAUUGAAAGAAAAUAA